AUGCAGGGAUCCAAGGCGGGGUGCUGCACAGCGGCAAAGCAGGGGCCUGACGCGUGGUGCUCAGCGCCGGCUACGAAGGGGUCUGAGGGCGGCCGCGCCGGCCUGUGUGCCGCCGCGCUAGGGUUUGAGGUCGGCCUGCGCGCCGGCGAUGGAGGGGUCCGAGGCGGCGUGCACCUGGGUGCUGAGAAUCAGCGAUGUAUCUGCGUAUUCUGUGUUCUGUAUGCGCUUUCUGCCAACAUCGAUAUGCAGAGGAUCAAAGGUCAUUAUCUACUUACAUCAAUGACUUCCCACAUGGUCAUGGCUGUGCUGACAAUUGUUGAUUCAGUCACCGGCAUGGUCCCUGCUGAGUAUCGAUUCUGCUGGAGCACUCUUGAAUGCCAAACUCAGCUCUCCAAAUUCUUCUCAGAUCCAUUUUAG